AUGCCGUCAACGUACCCAACAUCUGCGAGCGAAAGCCCCGGGAGCACUUCGAACCCACAGGCAGUAGAGGCUGGUAGUGAGUUUUCCAUGAUCGUAUCAGUGACGAAGUUGAAGAGGAAAGGUGAAAGAGGACAGCCCUGUCGGACAUCACUUGAUGUGCCACGAGCUUCGCGUGCGGCAUGUAGUGAAUUGCGAAUCUUACAACGCUUUCGGCAUCCCGGAUUGCCACCCCUGGUAGGUUACGCGUACGACGUUCAUUCGGGCAGUCCGGACAUAAUCGUGUUGCAGCUGUUCACUCCACACUACUCGAUAGGCUGUCUUCGUAACUUUCUGGCUACACAAGACAGUUGUUCAAAGUUGGACGCGGUGCAAAGGCUGCGUAUUCUUCAUACUAUCGCAAGCACCCUGUCUUUUUUACACAACAACAAGCCGGACGAAGUGUGUCAUGGCAACAUCUGCAGUCGGUGUAUCAUGUUGACAAAAUCCAUGGAACCAAUCCUGUUCGACUUUACGAAUGCGUAUUCCCCAAGCCGAUCGUCGGAACGCAAGGAGUCUCCUAAUCCAGAAGGUUACCACUACGCCUCCCAUCUACAAUGUUCCGGACUCUUCAGAGAUAUUUACAGUUUUGGAGUUUUAUCGCUCGAAGUCUGGUUGAAUGAGGAACCCAUGCCCGGAUACUGGACUGAUAAUCACGGAUCGCCUGUGGUAUCUCCGGGUGUUUCAUUGGCCGAACGUGUGAUUUGCUCCAUCGGGACCAAACAAACCUACCCACUCAAAGUUUCACCGUUCAUAUACUGGACCGCUGAAAUGCACCGAAAUGUGCUGGAACUCGUUAGCCCCUGCUUAGAUAUCAAACAGCAGAACACUGCUAACUGCUUGGAAAAG